GGCCGAGAGGAGUCACAACACAUGCAAACGCCACAACACCUGCAUAUACAGAAAACACCUGCAAAUUCAGAAAACACCUGCAAAUUCAGAAGACACUUUCAUCGAUUACACAACACGUGCGCUACAAAUGCCAAAACACAUGCAAGUUCAGAAAAACACCUGCAAAUUCAGAAAAACACAUGCAAACUCAGAAAACACCUGCAUCGACUUCAUAACACGAGCAAAUAGGGAAACGAACUGCAAGUUAUGACAACGGAAAUGUGUCCCGGGGGACCAUAAUCAGUGACGGACCCAUAUCCGGUUGGCGGUUCUUUUCAAUUACGAAGGUGUUAAGUCGUUUGAUUGUGCUACAAGAGAUUGACAUGUUCUGCCCGUUCUGUGCGGUGCAACUGGGGGACGCUCCCAAGUUUUGCCCGUCAUGUGGGCAGAAUGUGGGGUUCCUUACACAGCUCCCAUCAACUCCAUCCACCUCGUCAAGCGAAGGCUGUGGGCCUACAGAUGAGGCCUCAGAGGAAGACCUUAUCCGGGACCUCUUCAGAAAGGGCCACUCCUACACCGUUAUCUGCGAUUUUUUGGAGACAAAACACGGGAUAGUAAUUAGCCUGAAAACUCUCAAAAGAAGGCUGAAACAGCUCAACCUUAGUCGGAGGGCAAGUUAUGCUCCGAUGGAGACUUUGAACUCUGCCAUCAGGACUGAACUGAAUGGCUCAGGACAGCUUUUGGGCUACAGGGCUAUGUGGCAGACCCUGCAACAGACGCAUUCGUUGACCAUCAGACGAGAUAAUGUUAUGCAAGCACUCAGAUUCCUCAAUCCAGAAAGAGUGUCUCUCCGUCAUAGGCGCCGAUUUUUCAGGCGAUCCUAUUGCGCUGCAGGACCCAAUCAGGUGUGGCACGCGGAUGGAUACGACAAACUUAAGCCCUUUGGGAUUGCCAUCAGUGGCUGCAUCGAUGGGUAUUCCAGGCGGCUUAUGUGGCUCAGUAGUGGCAGCACCAACAACAACCCUGCAGUAAUAGCAAGAUAUUACCUGCAGUGUGUUUCGAACUGUGGCGUAGUUCCAGCAUGUCUUCGGACAGACUGUGGGACAGAAAACUGAGACAUGGCUGCCAUCCAAUGUUCAUUAAGAGAGGACCACACCGAUGAAUUUGCGGGACCUCUCAGCCACAUGUAUGGCACUUCAACUGCCAAUCAAAGGAUUGAAAGCUGGUGGUCCAUUUUCAGGAAACAGAGGACACAGUUCUGGAUGGAUCUAUUUAGUGACCUGAGAGACAGACACUACUUCAACGGCACCCAUGAACACAAGUGCCUUGUACGGUAUGUCUUCCUGGGCAUUUUUCAGAAAGAGCUUGAUGAGCACCGAGAGCUUUGGAACAACCACACCAUCAGGCCUGUCCGUCAGUCCCUCUGUCCAUCUGGAAAACCGGAGACCAUGUACCACCUGCCUCACAGGUUUGGUGGAAGGGAUUGUGGAUUCCAAGUGGAUCCCCAAGUGUUACAGGAGUUCAAAGACCUUCUGCCACCUACAAACAGUUUGUGUGGAGAUGAUGAUCUCCAAGCAUAUUUUGCCAACUUGGAGAGACAAGAGCCAGCUCGCUCCACCCAUCAACUGGCCAGCUGCUGUUGACAAUUACCUUACACUUAAGGAGAUGGCUGGAAUUUAGAAUUGCCUUGUUGGAUGGUGUGCUCGCUUUGAACUGGGACGCC